AUGGGCAACACAUUCUCCCUCGCUCGACUAGCACUAGCCGAAUUCCUCGACAACCUCCAGACCUUCCAAACUCUCCAAGCACGCAUCCAGAGCUCUCCAGGGCUCCCACUCCCAAAUCCCAGUCGUUCAUUCUGGUCCUACCCACCCUCCCCCAUCGCCACUCAUGUUUCCCAGCUCCCCGCACAUGCCGACUUUGUCGUUAUUGGCUCGGGUAUUACUGGGACGUCGGUUGUGAGGAGGCUUUUGGAUAGCGCAAGUGCUGAGGGGCAUGAUGUUAGAGUUGUUAUGUUGGAAGCGAGAGAUGCGUGUUCUGGGGCGACUGGGAGAAACGGAGGGCAUAUCUCACCACCUCUAUAUCAUGAUUACACCUCGCUCAAGCGUGAUCACGGACAAGUUGUAGCUCAAAAAAUGAUUAAAUUGAGGUUGGCGCAUCUCGAGGAGUUACGAAGCGUCGCAGAGCAGGAAGGCGUUCUUGCAGAAUCUCAGUGGCGAGAGGUAGAAUCUGUAGAUGUGUUUUAUAACUCGGAAAUGUUCGAGAAGGCGAAGACAAAGGUCCAGACGUAUAAAGCAGACCUUCCCUUCGAAGCUGAGCACCAUGAGGUGUACGAAGCAAAAGAGGCUAUCGAGAAAUACCGCCUGGCAUCUGAUACGCUGGGUUGCAUAUCUUCCAGCGCAGGCGCAAUCCAUCCAUACCAAUUCGUGACUGGAAUCCUCGCAAAGCUUCUAUCACGAUACCCCGAGCGCUUCUCACUCUGUACCAAUACACCAUGCACCUCCAUCUCACCUCCAACACAUUCUAACCCCUACUACACCCUCUCCACCUCCCGCGGGAUCAUCACAACCCCACACAUCAUCCACGCAACCAACGGCUGGGCAGCAACCCUCCUCGAAAAGUUGCGCGGUAAAAUCAUCCCUUUCCGAGGUAACAUGUCAGCCCAACGCCCCGGACAAUCCCUCCCUAUUCCCGAUUCCAAUCCCGCCACCCACCGCUCGUUCGUCUUCUACACCCGACCAAUAGGGUAUGACUACCUCACCCAACUCCCCACAGGAGAACGCGAGCUCAUGCUAGGCGGCGGAUUCGCGCAAGACGGGGACGAAGGAUACGAAGCGAUGGGAAACACGGACGAUACGACGUAUAGCACACGUAUCGGGGCGCAUUUAUCUGGUGUGCUUCCUAGGUAUUUUGGGGAGAAUAAUUGGGGGAGGGAGGGGGUGCCUUUGGAGGGGGGCGAAGGGGAGUGGGCAGAGGGACGCGUCAAGGCGUUGUGGAGUGGUAUUUUGGGCAUUUCGGCGGAUUUGAUACCUUGGGUUGGCCGUUUGCCGCGUGUGAUAUCUGGAAGGAGCGAGCCACCAUUGAGUUCGGUUGUGAAAAGUGAGAAAGGGGAGGGGAUGCAUGUGGGUGCUGCGCCGGGAGAAUGGAUCGCAGCUGGGUAUUCAGGCGAGGGGAUGGUGCAUGCAUGGUUAAGUGGGAAGGCGCUGGCAGAUAUGGUGUUGGGACGGGAAGUGGAGGGCAAGCUUGGGGAGUGGUUCCCGGAUAUCAUGAGAGUUACUGAGAAGAGGUGGAAGAAGGCAAAGGCGGAGAAUUUACUGGAUGCGUUGGAUGAUUAG